AUCAUGGACAAAAAUGGCGAAGAAACAAGACCAACAUUUGACGGAAUGGGCCUACCGCCAUUUCCGCAUUUAUUAGAAGAUGCUAAGAAAAGGUUUGAAGAAUUAAGAAAUCUGGAAUGUAGAAAGGACGACAUCAUACUUGCUACCUAUCCGAAGUCAGGAACACACUGGGUCUGGGAGAUUGUCUGCAUGAUUCUCAAGAAGAAAGCUGAAUACAUGAAGGAAACUAAAGAAUUUCUCUUUCUGGAAGCUAUACCCGACAUAAGUGUAGUCGAUAAUCUUGCCUCUCCAAGGCCACUGAACACGCAUGUUCCCUACAGAUGGCUACCGAGGCAACAUAUAGAAAAUGGCGGAAAGAUUGUCCAUGUUCUGAGAAAUCCUAAAGAUGUUGCCGUAUCGAUGUAUCAUCACUUCAACAACGGUAAAAUGUUUGAGGAGCCAGUGGACUUCAAAACAUUUUAUGAAAAGAUAUUCAUGGGUCCAGCUCCGCAUAUGGGAGGCUGGUUUUCGUACGAAAAAGAAUUUGAAAAUGCAGAAGCGACAGACACACGGGGUGCAAUUUUUACGGUUCACUAUGAAAGUAUGAAAAAGAAUCCAAUCGAUGAAACCAAAAGGCUUGCCAAAUUUUUAAAUGUGGAUUUGACUGACGAAAUUAUAGCUGAAAUAGUGGAUAAAUGUAGCUUCAAAAAAUUAAAAGAAGCUACUGAGGCAAUGAAGGACUUACCAAACUUUGCAAAUCGCAAAGACCCAGGCACGGUUAAGCGAAUAAUGUCAAGAAUGUAUAGAAAAGGGGAGAUUGGAGAUUGGAAGAACCAUUUUACCGUUGCUCUCAAUGAACACUUCGAUGCAUUUUACAAGGAAGAAAUGAAGGACAGCAAACUUCAAGUGCAAUUCGAAUAAAUCAAUCUCAUUUUAGUUGAUCAUUAAAACCAAGCCAGCCAGCAUUUUGAAGACAGUUGCAAUAAAAUUAAUGAUAUACAAUUAAGAAUAUAAAUGGAUAAACCAUAGAAAACAAAUUUGUAUUUGAGUAGAGUUACAACACGAUUCUGCUAAUUUUAUAGCCUGUUUUUAAUCCUCGUCAGUUCUACUCAAACAGUUAAUCAAUCUUUUAAAAGGUUGAGUAGUAAUUAACCAACGUCUGCGCUGUAAUUAACCAAUGUGCGGACAAUAUUGUUCAUUUUUGAUAUGAGAUAUUGUCAGGACAAAGCAUGUAACAAUAUAGUCCUUGUUUGUAAGGCUCAUAAUCAUAUUAAUAAACGAUAAAGUCCCUACUAGACAUUUCGAUGUGAAAAUUAUGGCCUAACAAUUUGUAUGAAAAGCA